AUGCAUCGCAGUGACAAAAGCCAAGAUAAAAAGCUCAGGGGACGCCAUCCUGACCACAGUAGUGCACGCAUCCUCAUGGAUGUACAGGGCCCCAAGGAUGAGGAGGGAGCAGCCGCCACUGCUUCCUCUGCACCUUUCUCCCGUGCUUUAUUUGGGGCCACAUCAAGGAAAGAGAAUCCUCAGAGUCCUCAGAGCAUCCCCUUUCCCCUCAAUGUCAUGGCUUCCAGUGAAGGCAGUCAGUCUUGUGAGGGCUCCAGCAGAGAAGAUGAGGGUCCAAGUACAUCAGAGGACAAGGAUUUACUUCAGUUCCUGCAGCGUGUGUUUGCAAAUGAUAAGUUAGAUAAGAUUCUGCGAUUUCUGCUUCAAAAAUAUCAAAAAAAGGAGCAGAUCACCAAGGCAGAAAUGCUGCAUAUUUUGGAUCGUGACUACCACGAUCACUUCCCUCUGAUCUUUCCGGAGCUCUGUGAGUGUAUGCGUUUGGGCUUUGGCAUUAUUAUGAAGGAAGUGAGUCCCUCUGGCCAGAGAUAUGAGCUUGUUCCUGUCUUGGGGCUCACUUAUAGUGGGAUGCUGGAUGAUGAUGAGCAUAUUAUUCCUAAAGCCGACCUCCUGAUACUCAUCCUAAGUGUCAUCUUCCUAAAGGGCAACCAAGUCAGUGAAGAGCACCUGAGGGAAAUGCUGAGAUAUAAGCAGAUAUUAGCUGAGAGAGAGAACGUUGUUUUUGGGGAUCCCUGGAAAUUCAUCACAGAGGAUUUGGUACGGGAAGGGUACAUUUUGCGCCAGCAGGUUCCUAACAGCAGCCCUGCUCGCUAUGAGUUCCUGUGGGGUCCAAGGGCCCAUGCUGAAACCACCAAGCUGAAAGUUCUGGAGCAUGUAUUUGCGCUUGAUGGGUUAGAUUCCAGGGCUUGCCCACAAUCCGUGAGCAGCGUUUGA